AUGUUGGUGCACGACACCCACAUGCACGUCGCAAAUCGUGAGCACGUCCAGGUCCAAGGUUGCAUGGGUGCAAUGCAGCUUGCCCCGCACGAUUUGUCAUGGCUGGUCACCCAUCACUUCCGUGAGUAUGACAAGUGGCCAUGGCUUCGAGUUAGUUCUUUGGAGAGGCAGCUGCAGGAUCAUCCAUCUUUCGUCGCGGGGGAGGUGCUUUUCUUGAUCUUGGCAGUGUUCUCGCUGCUGCAUGCGGUUUGCGAAUCCCGGGCUGCAGAGUUCCGUCGCUUGAAGCUGAUCUGGGUGGCCACGUUCAUUGUGGGUACUGUGAAUGACUACAUAUUCAUGAUCCUGCCAGUGGUGGACAACUUCUGGCAGGCGCAAGCCGUUCUGAUGCUAACUCCAAGAAUGCCGCUCUACAUCCCUUGCGUCUACAACGCUUUCAUGUAUUGGCCAACUGUCGCCGCUGCUCGAGUCUUCUGUCACACACGGAGGUGUCCGAUGGCAGAAGCUGGCCUCGCAGGGCUCUUGGCGGCACUCUUCUACGCUCCCUACGACAUGUGCGGUGCGAGGUUCUUGUGGUGGACAUGGCAUGACACGGAUGCUGGCGUGGCAUUGCGAUGGCUUGGUGUUCCAGGUGGAAGCACUGCGUGGACCAUUACCUUCACGUUUUGCUUCUCACUUCUUCUGCGCUUGGGACAUGAUUCUGGCUGGGGCCAGCUGCGCACGCUUGCGCUGGCGUGCUGGUCUACUCCGCUGAUGAUCAUCGUGCUAAAUGUCUUCACCAUUCUUGGAUGGGACAGGAUCGGCAUGCCCGGCCCGCAGACCGUUCUUGCUGCUUCCAUCUGCUUCUCAGCGCUUUGCAUCUGGAAGCCGGCCUUCAAGGUUUGGCCACAGCUGUCAGUUGCACACCGUGUCAGUGUGCCGGAGCAUUGGUCCGUCCGUUUUGCUCUGCUUGGAUAUUUUUGCACCCUGAUCCUCAUUGGCCUGACCUUCUCCCCGGAGAACCAGGUGUCUACGGGCGUGCACCAGGAAUUUGGGCCAUGUGAUGCAAUGGACAUCGAUUUGAUGGGCUUCGAGCGGAAGCGAUAUAUUUGCCGAGAGCGGUUUCCAGAAGAGUACUUUCGGCUGGAUUGCCCGGCUUCGUGGAAGGAGGAAGGUUCCAGAUGGGCUCGGGUGACCCCUGAGCAGUCCAUGACAGGCGGUCUGGCCUCAUGGUACACUAUAUGCGGCCAGAAGCACUCUGACUUCGAACGAUGGGUUGGGAGCCUCAUCACUCUCAGCGCUUCAGGUGCUUUUCUUCUUUGCUGGGCCAUGUCUGUUCGAGAUUGCCAGGCAUCGCCCAGCGGAGCGGAAACCUUCCAACCAGUGACGAUGGCGGCAAAAGAAGCAAAGACUUCUGAAGAGGCAGCCCAGAAGUUGCGGAAACGGCAGCCGCGUGCGGCAACACCUCCAAGUCGAUCAGGAAAUGUACGCCCGUGA